GUAAAUCGUGCCGUCCACAGAACGCAUGGGACUGAGCUGAUCAAGCGUGUGUGUGCAUCUGGAAUUUUGUUUCUCGGACACACGUCAGGAUGGAAGCCAAAUCCAAAAAGCCUUUUUCUCCUAAAGCUGGGAAGAAGUUCAAUCAGAAGGGAAAAGAUUCAAUCGGGACCAAACUUGGAGGAAAACCUGGCGGCAAAAAACCCUUCAAGCCGUACAACAACUCAGAGAAGAAGAGCCGACCGGGGAAGGGCGCAAAUGGAGGCAAGAAAGACCAGAAAUUUGGUUUCUCCAAAGGUGGGAAAGGAGCGCUGGGGAAGAGGAAGAUGUCGACAGUUAAGGAUGAAGGAGAAGGUCCGACGGCCAAGAGGGGAAAGAAGGAGGAGCUGACGAAGGAGGAGCUGAACAAGAUCCGGCAGCAGAAGAAGAAAGACCUGAAGAAGAGCCGGCAGCAGGCGGAGAGGAAGGACAUGUUCGAGAUCAUCUGUCAGUCCAAACAAGUGUGGGGAGAGCUGAGGAGGAAAAACUGUGACGAAGACACGAAGAAGAAACUGAUGAAGAACCUUCACGAUCUGAUGCGAGGGAAGAUCAAACAGAUGGCGUUUGCUCACGACUCUGUGCGAGUGCUUCAGUGCUUCAUUCAGUUCGGCAGCCACGAGCAGAGGAAGGAAGUGUUUGAGGACCUGAAAGACGACGUCAUCGGUUUGUGCAAGUCGCCGUACGGCAAACAUGUGGUGAAGAAGAUGAUGAUGUACGGGAACAAGGAGCUGGUGGCGGCCGUCAUCCAGUCGUUCAAAGGCCACGUGAAGACGAUGCUGCGCCACGCCGCCGCCUCCUCCGUCAUCGAGUACGCCUACAACGACAAGGCCGUGCUCGCUCAGAGACUCCUGCUCAGCGACGAGCUCUACGGAAACACCUUCACCAUCUGCAAGUCUGCAGCCUGCAACACCAUCGACAAAGUUCUGGAGGCGAAUCCGGACAAAGCGAACUACAUCAUCGACGAGAUGAAGCAGAUUCUGACACCGAUGGCUCAGAAAGAACAAGUCAUCAAACACUCUCUGGUGCACAAAGUCUUCCUGGAUUUCUUCCUGUUUGCUCAGGACAAACAGAGAACCGAGAUGAUCGAGUCCAUCCGAGAGGCGGUGGUCUACAUGGCUCACACUCACGAUGGAGCGCGAGUGGCGAUGCGCUGUCUGUGGCACGGAACGGCGAAGGACAGAAAAGUCAUCAUCAAGACCAUGAAGACGUACAUGGUGAAGUUCGCCACGGGGGAGUUCGGUCACCUGGUUCUUCUGGCCAUGUUCGACUGCGUGGACGACACCAAGCUGGUCAAGCAGGCCGUCCUCUCAGAGAUCUUGGCGUCUCUGGACGAGGUUAUCGGGAAUAAAUACGGCAAGAAGGUUCUGCUGUACCUGCUGAGUCCCAGAGAUCCGGCUCACCUGCUGCCCGAGAUCAUCAAGGUGCUGGAGCAAGGAGACGGGAACGCUCACAGUAAAAAAGACGUGGCGGUUCGGAGGAAGGAGCUGCUGGAGGUCGUCUCUCCUCCGCUGCUGGAGCAUCUCCGUGACAAUGCCGCCACCAUGGCGAUGGACAAAGCCACCAGCGUCACCAUCAGCGACAUCCUGGCGUCGGCCUGCGGAGACCUGCGACCCGCCAUGACGGCCGUGGCCCAGCUGGCCAAUCAGGAGCUGGUGCCGGGAGGCAUCGGCGGACAGCUUCACAUGGCUGAGCAUCCAGCAGGACACCUGGUGCUGAAGUGGCUCAUCGAGCAGGACGUCACGCUGGCAGAGGCUGGAAAAGAAGAGCGCUUUGGCAGGAUCCUGGUGGACACUGUGGGGACGGAGAAGAUGAAGACGUGGGUCAGAGUGAACAGAGGAGCCAUGGUGCUCUGCAGCCUCCUGAACAGCUGCGACAAGUCUGUAUCUGCAGACGUGAAGGCGGCGCUGAAGUCCAUCACGUCGGAGCUCAGCGCCGUCAGCAACAACAAAGGAGUGGAGAUCCUGCUGGAGAACCUGAACAAGUAGAGACUUCUGAUUCCCAAACAGACUGCCGGCGUUACACGCUUCGUUUUUGGAGGAAACAACCGACCGAACAGCGAAGGACUGAAGCAGGAUGGAUUUCUGGACGUGGAAACGACUCCGAGUCCCGUUUGUGUGAUUUCAGCCUCUGGUGGGGAAAAUGGAUUUGUUUGGAAUAUGUGAAUAAUUAAAAAGUGCUUUGAGGAGCAAGUGACGCUGCGGGAAGACUGGUUAAAACACACAGAUGUUCUGCUUUAGAAGACAAGACACAUAAAAUCUGCUUCUUCAGCCACGAUUAAGCUCCUGAUUCUGAACACAGCAGAUGAAAUGUGGGCGUUAAACCACUGAAAAGUUACAAAUCAUCUGCAAAAAGUGUUCAAAUUCAUUAGCUGUAGCUUAGAACUGACUGAAAAAACAGCUUUUAUUGUAGAGAAACUGAUACGACAAGAUAAAUCCUGGACUCUCUGCAGUUGAGGUAAAAAAAAAACUAUUUGAAAAUGUAUCGUUCAGAAACCGUGAAAACACAUCACCGUCCUGCAGCGGUUUCUGUUUCCACCUCGGUUUAACUCUGGAUUAUUUAUCCAGACACAGAUGGACGAAUAAGAUCCAAACCCAGAAGUUGUCCUUAAGAGUUGUUGCUAAUUUGGGCAAACUGAUCCUUCAAUCAGGACUCGAGAUCUUCUGCUUCAGAUUGUUUUGUUAUAUUUUGUAUGUUGUGAUGAACUGAAAAACAACUAAAGAUUAUUGUGAGGACUAAACUGUGCGUCUUUUUAAAAAAAUUAAACUCAAUAAAAAGCUUCAAUUAUAA